CUCUCUUUGGCCACCAAUAGCGUCCGAUCUCUGUCUCUGGGAGCGGAUUUGAAAUUUAAAACAAACUUGUCUGUCAGGUUAGUGAAAAGGGAGCAAAUAGCUGUUACAUUUCAAAGUAACUCAAUGGUAACCUUAACUAGUUUAAUUGCAUGCACGACUUUAUUUUAAUUAAACUCGGGAUGCGUGUCCCCUGAGAAGUUAAAGUUAGCUGUAUGACCGAUUUGCUCCCAGUUAUGGAUGCGGGUGAAAAACAGCCCACUUCUUGUGCAGAUAGGAAGUUAUCCGAUAUCCUAAGGCCUGCCUCAAUCGAUGACUUUUUUGUUUUGAAGCCCAUCAGCCGUGGUGCCUUUGGGAAGGUUUACCUUGCACGGAAGAAAUGUAAUCCACGAUUAUAUGCAAUCAAGGUGGUGAAGAAAUCUGACAUGCAUGACAAAAAUUUGUCAGGUCAGAUGAAGGCAGAAAGAGACGCAUUGGCCCUCAGCAAAAGUCCCUUUGUCGUACACCUCUUCUACUGUCUCCAAACAGCAACAAAAGUGUAUUUGGUGAUGGAAUACCUAAUUGGAGGAGAUGUGAAAUCCCUUCUUCACACCUACGGGUAUUUUGAUGAGGAUAUGUCAGUGAAAUACAUUUCAGAGGUGGCACGUGCUUUAGACUAUCUCCAUCGCCAUGGAAUCAUCCACAGGGACCUGAAGCCGGACAAUAUGCUUGUAUCUAAUGAAGGUCACAUCAAGCUUACAGACUUCGGCCUCUCCAAAGUCAAGCUUGACAGAGAAUUGAGUCUUGCCGAUAUCUUGACAACCCCAUCUUUGGCAAAGCCUAAACAGGAUUAUUUCCGCACCCCUGGUCAAGUCCUGUCUUUGAUCAGCUCUCUUGGACUUAACACACCAGCAGGGGAGAGCAAGCGUCGCAGCAGCGCCUCGGCUGUGUUCAGCCCUCUGUCAUGUGGGAAAACUGAUCAGUGGAAAAACUCGCUCUGUUCACCCUUGAGGAGACAGAUGGAAUAUCUGCGUUCCCCUGUCUCGCAUAGCCAGACUUUGGGGCCCGUCAGCUUUGUGUUCAGCCCAAAUGCGUUGACCAAGAGCCUGACUCCCAGGCUGCUUAAGUCCAGAAGGAGGUUUGACACAAUGAGCGCAGGCAGCAGCCAAUCAUGCCUCUUCCCCUCCACCACGGACUCCGAGGGAGGUGUCAGCCCACUAUGGGAGGUAGAGCAGAAGGAGAGGGAGAACUUCCUGCACCUAUAUGGUAGGAAUACCAGUGGACCAACAAAAGGAAAGUCGACCUCUGAUAUGCGACUGCAGCGCCGCGACUCUGCUCUGGCGUCGUUAGACAACUUAGACCUACGUGGACAGCUCCACAGAGAACCCAGUGCUGGUGAACUGUCCAAGAAGGCCAAAGAGGAACCUCUUGCUUGGAAGAGGCUUCAGUUUAACGAGGUAGAGCAGUCUACCCCACCCCAGAAGCCUGAUCUCUCUCAACCUAUCAGAGGCUAUGUUUCUGGAGUUGAAGGUCACUGUGCCACCGAAGGUAAACCAAAGGAAGGCCAUGUUGUGGUAACCUCAGCAGGAAAGAGAGUGUUUGAGGAGGUGGAGAGAAGUUCUGAACAGUUGGAAUCCCUUUCCAAGAAGAGCAACUCAGCGUACCAGAGGUGUUAUGGUGUCCCAGAUAUUGCUUUGAAGAAUUGCACUGGUCUGACAGGGUUGUUUGCAAAUGUCCAUUUGGAGAUGUUUGGAUCUGAGGGUCAAGAGACUUCUGAAGGCCGGGCCACUAAACUUUCCAGUCCCAUCGCUUUGGCUAAAAACCUCCUGUGUGAGUUGGACGGACCAGCAGAGUGGGUCUUCAUCGAAGGCACGUCAUUUGGUGAAGACCACGAGCUGAGCAGGAGCCUGUGCGCAGACUCUAAGGGGUCGGCUCAUGAAAUGUCCAUCGACAACAGCCCAACCCCAAAGAGGUCGGCUCAAAGUGCUAAAGAGGGGCAUUGGGCAUUGUUCGAGCUAGACGAUAGAUCAUAUGACCCAGCAAUAUCACCCAGUACCCCAGUCCUUCCUCAGCCACCCAUCUUCGCUAGUACAGGAACGGCAAAGCCGGGCAACGGGCUCACCCUGAGAGGAGGCGAAUCCAAGCGCUCCUUCCUCGACCGGGUCCCUGAGCUGAACCCCAGGGUGGCCAUGUCACCCUCGUUCCUCAAGCCCAGGAACGCGGUGUCCUUCCGGAGCUACUGCAGCUCCAUCAACCGCCCCAACAUGUCGGGGAGCUCACGCCUCAGCCUGGGCUCAGUGGAGGCCAUGGAUAUGGCCACCUCAACCUCCUACCACAGUAUGCCCUCUGUUGUCACACCGGUCCAGAACAGACCCAGCUCCAACAACUCCCUCGAUCAGACCCCACAGUCGUCGACCACCUCCCACACUCCGUUCAGGACCCCUAAGAGUGUCCGACGUGGUCCUGUACCCGUGGAGGGAGUACCGAUUUUAGGCACCCCAGAUUACCUUGCCCCAGAGCUGCUAUUGGGGAAACCACAUGACUGCACGGUGGACUGGUGGGCCCUGGGUGUGUGUCUGUUUGAGUUCCUUACCGGCGUGCCCCCCUUCAACGAUGAAACCCCUCAGCUUGUCUUCCAGAAUAUUCUCAACAGAGAUAUUCCAUGGCCCGAUGGUGAGGAGGAGCUAUCCCACAAUUCCCGUAAUGCCAUAGAGAUUUUACUCACCGUGGACAUGAACAAACGGGCUGGUUUCAAAGAACUUCGGAGUCACACUCUGUUUGCGGGUUUGGACUGGGAUAACCUUCAGAACCAGACCAUGCCCUUCAUCCCUCAGCCGGAGGACGAAACUGACACGUCCUACUUUGACGCAAGAAACACUGCGCAGCACCUCGUGAUGUCUGGCUUCAGUCUGUAGGUUUGUUCUCCAGGGUUCAGGUCCAUUUAGGAAGUACACUGAAAUUCCAAUUCUCUUCAAAUGAAAAUGAUAUAUAUAUAUAAAGUUUAUUUUUUAA